GGGUUUGUGACCUGCGCUUAUAGGAGAAUGGCGAAGCUGCAGCGCAGCGUUUCUUAGUUAUGGAACCUUUUUGUCCCUUGCCUCUUGCUGUACAAAAUGUAUACAUGUCGUGCAGCUUUCGCAAUUAUCAAUCAUAAACAUUGAAGGCUGUUUUUUUUUUUUCUUUUACUUCAAAAUGGUAAUUGAAAGCGUUAAAUAUUUCACAAACGGCAGUCGCUGUACAGUUUUCAACGCAGACUCUGACGACUACAGAUGUGUGACAAUCAUUGUGGUUAAACGGGUCACUGCUGCAUUUUCUUUAAUAGGCUGCUUUUCCAUGCUCCUUGUAAUAUGGCUGUUUCGAAAAUAUAACUCGUUGGCACAGAAGAUGAUACUGAGCUUGACAGUUGCUGGUGCUUUGGAUAGUGUUGCCUAUCUCAUGGGAGACAUCCGGCCAGAUGGAUCCCUAUGCAAUUUCCAGGCUUGGUGGCUAACAUAUUUUGAUUGGAGUGCCUUGGCUUGGGUUUGUCUUAUUACCCUAAAUCUCUACCUUAACUUGGUGAAAGAAAAGAGAACAGAGAGGCUGGAAAUAUUCUACCAUUUCAUAGCCUGGGGCAUCCCAUUUGUGAUGUCAUGUCUACCCCUUCUCAAAGAUUACUAUGGCCCAGCUGGUGUAUGGUGCUGGAUUACAGAUGAUCAUGUAGCCUGGAGAUUUGGCAUAUGGUAUAUUCCUCUUUUCACCUUAAUUUUCCUGAUGACAUUGUGCUAUCUUCGUAUCAUCUAUGUUGCCAAAGAAAGGGUUUUAUUGUGGUCUGGGACAUAUGACCCAGAAAGAGAAAGAAGAAAGGCAUUGUUAGUGCAAGAGAUCAAACCACUGAAGUGGUACCCUUCGGUGUACUUGCUGGUGUCCCUGUUUCCUCUCAUUAACAGGCUCCACAAUGCUUUCUACCCCAGCCAGCCUGUCUUCACAUUGACACUUUUGCAUGUUAUUUCUGCUCCUCUACACGGUCUGGCCAACGCUUUUGUGUUUGGCUUGGACAAAGACACCUGGAGCCAACUUAGUGUCAACAGCCUGCAGCUGGCUCUUCACUCCCGUUUCUGUGACAGGACUCUGAUAAAGGAGUACCGACCUGGGUCAGUGCGCUACAUGCCCCAGGCUGAAGGAGAUUCCUCAGAUUCAGGAGACGACGAUACUGCUGUGCUCUUCUACUCCCCAGCGAUGACUCUUAAGGACAGGGGGCCGUGAUGCGUGAUUGGUGGCACCGCUCCACCAGCGAGAGUGCGAGCUGCCUGUGUGCGGCGGAGAGGACAGCCUGGGAGACACUGGAGACGAGCUGUCAGCCUUCAUUAUUAAUUCCCAGCUCUUAAUAUUUAAUGUCAGAGAACUGCAGCCCCCCAUGCCGCUGCAGAGUCAUCAGACAUUCAGAGGACAUAUCAAGCUGAGUUCCGGAGGCGGAGGGUGGGGGUGGGUUUGGCUAGAUUGGAACAGAGCGAUUGCGAGCAAACGAGAGGGAGUGUGCGGGCCGGGACUUGCUGGCUUCAGGAUGAGGGACGCUUGACCUGUUCCUGUGUGGGUAUUCAGUAUUUUUGAGACACAUUGUUUAAGACACAGAAACGUGCAAUAAUAAUUUUUUGUGGUCAAAUAUUUAAAAACACAUUUUGAGCAUUUAUCAGUAUGAAAAGAAGCAAACACAUGAGGCAUGCUUCCUAAUUAUUUGUGAUACCGUUUUCACGGUUGUAGUCGCAUUUUCGAAUGGCUUGUCCUUCAGUAACAGCUGAAUUUUGAGAGUGUGCUUAAUCUUCUAACCAGUCCACGUUUUUUUUUUCUUCCUAACCUUCUAUUGUUGGUCCUUGUUCCCCUUGCGGUGCUGGAUAAGUCAAAGCAAUCAAAUCUUUCUAAUUACACCUCCUGACCCCUCUUUUCUGGAUGGAUUUCAGGUGCUCAGCAUUGACAGUCCAUCCAGUGCAGAACAAUGAUCUUCCAAAUUUUUUAGCCUCUGCUAUUUGUGAGCUUGUUAAAUUCACAAACAGCAGUUACGCAUACUGAUUCAUCUUGUAUCUGUCAACAAGGGCGUUGACCCACAGCGGCCUGACCUGAUUUCUACCCUGAAGCUUCAUUUUCAAGCCUGCCUUUGGUACACUGGUCAUCAAUGUUUAGUAAACUUGCCAUAUGAAUUCUGUGAAAUAAAGACUGCGGGUAACACCACACUUGGUACUAUCAUUGGUUGUACAUUGUGGCAGUUUAGAAUUAAGAGAGAUGGCCAGCACACUAUCUACCACAAAGGUAAGUUCUAAAAGCACAUAAAGAUAAAGGAAAUUAAUUUUUUAAAAAUCCACUAGCUGAUACAAAACUGCAGCGUAAAUGAAGGCAAGUGGUUCAUCUGCAGAAGCCACCUCUUUGGCCUCACACCUCAUUGCAUUCUUAAUUUACACUUAACACUUUCACGUGUCAGUCCAUUACUCACUUGGAGAGAACUGAUUGAGUUUCAAUAGUCUGAACGUGUCUGCUUGUGCUCCUUCUAGAACUUUGCUGCGGAUUCUCAGGAGAGCUCACUUUUUCACACGUUGCUUUUCCAUACCUGAAUAGAAAUGUCCAUGAAAAAAGAUAAUCAAUACCAAUACCACGGUUGACAAAGCAAC